AUGUUAGUUUCCUACAUUCUUGUGAUUGGGAAAAUGGAUGUGGAAAUAGUUGUAGUGCUUAGAAAGAAACCCACCAUGCAACCUAAAGAGACUCUGAAGGACCUUGACAAGAUGCAAAAUAGAAGAAUUAUGGAGGAUAAUUGGAGUAUGGCGUACCAACAACGAGAUAAGACUAGUUUGAAUAUUCAGAGAUGUUGUUUCUGCUUGCCUAACAAGCAUCCUUAUUCCACUUCAUGUCUGGAUUACGUUUUGAGGUUAGCUAAAGCUUGCAAAGAAAAUGAUGUUGCUGACAAAAAGUGCUUUGCAUACAUGAUUAAGUGGUACAUCACAGUUCGCAACACCUUGCUUGGAUUAAUGACAAAACUUUUCAAGGUUUAG